UGGUGUCCAUACCUCCACAGGAUGAUGGUGCUUACAAGGAGAUCCCCAUCACCCAUCAUGUGAAGGAGGGCUGUGAGAAGGCAGACCCUUCUCAUUUCGAGCUACUCAAAGUGCUGGGCCAAGGCUCCUUUGGAAAGGUGUUUCUUGUCCGAAAGGUCAUCGGUCCAGAUGCUGCACAACUCUAUGCAAUGAAAGUGUUGAAGAAAGCAUCUUUAAAAGUUAGAGACCGUGUUCGCACAAAAAUGGAACGGGAUAUUCUAGUAGAAGUGAAUCACCCCUUUAUAGUAAAAUUGCACUAUGCUUUUCAGACAGAAGGAAAGCUAUAUUUGAUUUUGGAUUUUCUCAGGGGUGGAGAUGUAUUUACUCGCUUAUCCAAAGAGGUUAUGUUUACAGAGGAGGAUGUGAAAUUCUACCUUGCAGAGCUGGCCCUUGCGUUGGACCAUCUUCACAAUCUGGGCAUUGUUUACAGAGACCUGAAGCCAGAGAACAUUUUGCUUGAUGAAGCUGGACAUAUCAAGUUAACAGACUUCGGGCUUAGUAAAGAAUCAGUUGAUCAGGAUAAGAAAGCUUACUCGUUCUGUGGCACUGUGGAGUACAUGGCCCCUGAGGUGGUGAACAGAAGGGGCCACACCCAGAGUGCUGACUGGUGGUCCCUAGGGGUUCUAAUGUUUGAAAUGUUGACUGGUACUCUACCAUUUCAAGGCAAAGACAGGAGCGAGACCAUGAACAUGAUUCUGAAAGCUAAACUGGGAAUGCCACAGUUUUUAAGCUCGGAAGCGCAGAGUCUUCUGAGAAUGUUGUUUAAGAGGAACCCAGCUAAUCGUCUAGGAGCAGGCUCAGAUGGGGUGGAGGAGAUCAAGCGGCAUCCAUUUUUCUCGACCAUUGACUGGAAUAAACUGUACAGGAGAGAACUGCAACCUCCAUUCCAGCCAGCCGCAGGGAAGCCAGACGACACAUUUUGCUUUGACCCAGAAUUCACAACUAAAACCCCAAAAGAUUCUCCCGGCAUCCCGCCCAGUGCCAACGCACACCAGCUCUUCAAAGGCUUCAGCUUUGUGGCUCCAGCCUCCCUAGAGGAGGGAAGAAGCUCGGCACACAUCAGCAUCCUUCCCAUUGUGCAGCUCCACGGCAGUUCUUCGCUGUUUGCAGAGAUGUAUGAACUGAAAGAGGACAUUGGUGUGGGCUCCUACUCCAUAUGCAAGCGCUGCAUCCAUCGGGUCAAUAACAUGGAGUUUGCUGUUAAGAUCAUUGACAAAAGCAAGAGGGAUCCCUCAGAGGAGAUUGAGAUCCUCAUGCGAUAUGGGCAGCAUCCCAACAUCAUCACUUUGAAAGAUGCAUAUGAUGAGGGCCGCUUUGUGUACCUUGUGACAGAACUAAUGAAGGGGGGGGAGCUGCUGGACAAGAUCCUCAGGCAAAAAUAUUUCUCCGAGCGUGAGGCUAGUGCUGUUCUAUACAUCAUCACUAAGACCGUGGAUUACCUGCACCGCCAAGGGGUGGUACACCGCGACUUAAAGCCCAGCAAUAUCCUUUAUAUGGACGACUCGGGGAAUCCUGAUUCCAUUCGCAUCUGUGACUUCGGCUUCGCAAAGCAGCUACGUGGAGAAAGCGGCCUGUUGCUCACUCCCUGCUACACAGCCAACUUUGUCGCUCCUGAGGUUUUGAUGCGCCAAGGAUAUGAUGCUGCUUGUGACAUCUGGAGUCUAGGAGUGCUUCUGUACACUAUGCUGGCGGGCUACACCCCUUUUGCCAAUGGGCCCAAUGAUACGCCUGAGGAAAUCUUACUGCGCAUUGGCAGUGGCAAGUUUUCCCUAAGUGGGGGCAACUGGGACACUGUCUCUGACACAUCCAAGGAUUUGCUGUCACACAUGCUGCACAUGGAUCCUCACCAGCGUUACUCAGCCGAGCAGGUCCUGAAACACCCGUGGAUCACUUGCAGGGACCAGCUUCCACACUUCCAGCUCACGCGACACGAUGCACCCCACCUUGUCAAGGGUGCUAUGGCUGCAACGUAUUCUGCAUUGAGCCACAAAGCAAGUCAGCCUGUUCUGGAGCCUGUGGCAGCCUCGAGUCUCGCCCAGCGCAGAACUAUGAAGAAGGUCACCUCCAAUGACAUGUAGCAAGAAAUGAACUUUGUGGCCAAUAGGGAGACAAUUCCUUUACCAUGCUUUGUUUGCUUAAGUAAUUUAUUUAUUUCACUGUCCAUUGUCGCCCCUCUGUCACUCUGGCAACUCCACCGAUUUAUUUAUUUUAACUUCGGCUUCUCGGCCUGUGGGCACCCACAUCUGACAGCACUCUGAUUACCCUUUGAGAGGGACGUACCCAGAGGAAUGGUCAGACAGACUGUCCAGCGUUUGCAAAUUUUAAUGAAAUCCAGUCUUUGGCUCUAUUGGGAAAAACAUUCCCUGGAUCAGCGUUAAGCUGCUUGAAAUAGCAGCUUAUAUUUCCCAUGUACUGUGACUGGCCUACUGGUGCACUGUGUGUUCAAUUUUUAAUAUCAGGAAGCAAAGUCCAGCCCUCCCUUCACCCAACCCCGAUAACGAUGGUUUUUACACUGCAGCUCAUGUUCCGUUGUUUCAGAAAUUCCUAAUCAUACACUGUGUACUUUACAGAAUGCAAUUAACAUCACUAUGAUCCUGCUUUCUUUUGUGUUUCGGAACUGCAGCUUUGGUGUUUCUAGUACUUAUCAAUAUAAGAUGAGAUAAAAUGUAUUACUCGUUUUGUAACAUGGCUUGUCAGAAUGUCACCCUUGCAAAGCUGUGAUUUUAACACUCACUGUCUUUCCCUCUUUAGAAGUUUUUCAUCUUGAAAACCUUUUUUUUUUUAAUUUAUUUUUUAUAUAUUGCAACAGGUCAAAACAAAUAAGAUAUAUAGUGGUCUUUGCACAUUUAGAUGUGUUUAUGGUACAGUAUUACUGCUGAGGUGAGAAUUAAAGGUAAAAAUGGUUUUAGAGGGGACCUCAAUGUAAAAAAAUCUUCAAAGAGAUUGUAUCAUAUUGUAUUUAUUUCAUUAUGUUUUUGAGAUUCUAUUUUUUUCCAAGGUCUGUAUAUAUUGACAUUAAAGAUCAUUGACUAUUUC